AUGGCGACUCGAUCAUUUAUUCGUUUUGUUGAGAGAAAUAUAGGAAAGUUCCCACACUUUCUGUUGUGCAUGAUGCUUGAGUGGGUGUUGAUAAUUUCCUUGUUCAUUGAUGGGCUUCUAGCAUUUUUCAUCACAGAAUUUGCAAGGUUUUUUGAUUUGGAAAUUCCAUGUUGGCUAUGCGCAAAGAUGAAUCAUUUUCUUACUCACAAGACUCCUAAUUUUUAUUACAACAGUUCCAUGUGUGAGGCUCAUAAGAAAGACGUUUCGUCUUUGGCAUUUUGUUAUAAUCACAAGAAACUUUCUGAUACAAGGAAGAUGUGUGAAGGGUGUUUGCUUUCAUUCGCAACGCAGAAGGAAUCAAAUUGUGAUACCUAUAAGUCUCUUGUAGGGAUUUUGAAUAAGAAUUUGGAUUGCUUUGUUGAAGAUAGUGGAAACAUACAAUUAAGUUUGAAGGAUGAAGGAGUUAUACAGGUCGAGAAAAAUGGUACUCAAAAGUGUUCAUGUUGUGGAGCACCGUUGAAACUCAAGUCUUCCAUAUCUAAAAGAAAGAAUUUAGUUUCAAAUUUACAAGCUCCAACCGCUUCGCCACGAGCUCAUCCAUUCAUCGCGUCAAAAUGCGAGGAAUCUCGUGGUACAGAAUCACCUCGAAUAUUGAACGCAAAAAAAGAUUAUGAGCUUCAGCAAAAUGAGGAUGACAAUGACAACAACUUGAAAAAUCAGAGUUUAGAAUUAAAAGAAGUAAACAAAGGUGCCUUUUGGCCUCUAUUGACAGGGUCCGACGAUAUAAACGUAGAAUCCCCCAAAACCCCAUCUUUUCCAUGGGGCAGCAGGUUCUUUGGAGUCCCACCUACAGAUUCUCCAAACAACAGUCCAAGAUGGUCUUCUUUGUCUUCUGUCUCGGGCAAGAAAUCACCAUUAGAAAAGAUGGAAUCUACAUCUGACUCUACUGAGGGGAAUUGUCAAGAUGAAGAAGUCGAUGCCGUCUUAAAUAAUUUGAAGAGGCAAGUUCGUUUGGAUCGCAAGUCGCUCAUGGCUUUGUACAUGGAGUUGGAUGAAGAGAGAAGUGCUUCAGCUGUUGCUGCCAACAAUGCUAUGGCAAUGAUCACCCGCUUGCAGGAAGAGAAGGCAACUUUGCAUAUGGAUACUUCACAAUAUCAAAGAAUGAUGGAGGAGCAAAUAGAGUAUGAUGAAGAAGUCUUGCAAGAAACUAAUGAAUUACUUCUUAAACUAGAAGAAGAAGUCAAAACUUUAGAUGCUGAAUUGGAGAUUUAUAGAGAUAAAUAUGGAUGUUUGACAGAAGAUGAUAUUAAGGCUCAUGGUGGCAAUAACUUCCCAUUUAGGUCCGUUGAAGGCGAGGAUGAUGUGGAAAAAGACCUUGAUCUUGGUCAACCUGAUUCAUCGAAGGCAAAUAAUGGAGGGGGAAAGUUCAAGGAAUCACUAAAAGAUUUUAGAAUGGAGAAAACAUAUCUUCUUGCGCGGAAGAAAAUGGAAAAUGGAUAUCCCUUGACAGAGAAUUGA